GAACCUGGACCUCCCCCUCUCACUAACCGGACGUCUCACCCAUUCGACCACCGAGGCAUAUUAGGAAAACUUAAUAGAUGAUAUUCCAAAUUGUUGUGAAGGCUCCCAUAAAGAAAUUAUAUAGAAAGGGAAGAGUGCCAAUGUAAGCCACAAAUGAACAGAUAACGGUUCUCACAAUUGAAAACAAAUUAUCUCUUUAAUAAUUAUCUCUUUAAUAAACGUUUCGACCCUGUUUCGGGUCUUCCUCAGUAUAACUCGUUAAAUUUGACUGGUUUGAGAAUCAUUCCUCUAUCAGCUAUGGUCUCACUUUUUCUCUAAAUGGUCCCAGACAUAAAGAGGACUGAAGACUCAGGUCGACAGAGAGAUGGAUCCGUUACAAAGGUUUUAACAAGACUGACAAUUUUAACAAUGUCUGGGACCAUUUGGAGAAAAAGUGAGACCAUAGCUGAUAGAGGAAUGAUUCUCAAACCAGUCAAAUUUAACGAGUUAUACUGAGGAAGACCCGAAACAGGGUCGAAACGUUUAUUAAAGAGAUAAUUAUUAAAGAGAUAAUUUGUUUUCAAUUGUGAGAACCGUUAUCUGUUCAUUUGUGGCUCACAUUGGCACUCUUCCCUUCCUAUGUAAUUAAUAGAUGAUGUUUCUUUUCAAAUGUAGACAAAUCCUGAUUGAAAAAUAUCAUUUUUCCAUCAAGAAGAUAUUUCCUAAUUAAAAUUAGCUAGUUGUACUGAUUUUUUUUAAAUUGCCAUUAUUACGCCUUUGAUUGAAAGAUAAAGUUUAAUGAACAAAACGGUAUUUCACAAAUAUAGACAAAGCGUCAUACGAAUACAUAUUUGUAAAGUGUAAUUGUCGGAAUAAAAAUUAAUUUCUCUCGCGCGACUUAGAAAUGUAAGAUACUUCUAAUCGUACCACUUUUACCGGUCGCCGUUCCCAUAUAUUGCCAGGAUAAGCAAUGAAGAGAAAAAUGGAAAAUAUAAGAGGUGCGUACACGCAAUUCGAUCGCCGGCAGAUAGUCGGAGGCGAAAUCGUUGGCGGGAUCGCCGUCGCGACGAAGCACACGACUAAAGGAGUCUAGGUCUAGGACGCAAGCAGGGAUCUAUCGAGUGGCAGGACGUUUCGCAAGAGAAGAGACCGUCCGAAAUCUCGAGUACAUCGGCGAUCCUCCGGCGAGGAGGACAGGUGGAUGUUCGGAGUCGACUCGGUGAGCAAAAGAGAGAAGCACGAGGUCGGGAGGAGAGGGAGAGAAUCGUCUCACAACUGAAUUACUCUCACUCGAGAGGCCCCCGUCUCUUCUUCGUGGGGGCCCCACGUAUAUCCCCCUGCUUCUCCCGGGGGUAUAAAUGACUCCGGUGUACCUUCCACGGAGUCACAGAACUGAGGCGGCAUCGCAGAAGCCGACAUGAAUCCUCUGAUCGCGUGUAUGGUUGUCGGUCUGGCUGGGUUCGCCCUGGCUGAGGCGCCUGUGUCCUCCGGCUACAGUUACAGCAGACCGAGCGGCGGUGGCGGCGGCGGCGGCGGCUACUCCUUCGGCGGCGGCGGCGGCGGCGGCGGCUUCGGCGGUGGCGGCGGCGGCUACACCCAGGUGUCCACCGGCUACCAGACCAACGAGGGCGCUUCCGUGGACAGCGCGCUGCUCGAGCAGAUCCGUCAGAUUCUCCUGAAGGAGGAACUGCAGUCCCAGCAGUCUGGCGGAUUCGGCGGCGGGGGUGGUGGAUACGCCCCUAGCUCCAGCUACGGAGCGCCGUCCUCGCAAUACGGCGCCCCGUCGCCGCAGUACGGCGUGCCGAGCUACCAGACCCGCGUCGUAGGCAUCGAUCUCGAGGGCAUCAGGCAGGCCAUCCAAGUGGCUCAAUUCAACCAGGUCAGCCAAGGCCCCGGAGGCUACCCCAGCGGACCCAGCUCCAGCUACGGAGCGCCCAGCACCGGCUAUGGAGCGCCCAGCAGACCGUCCAGUAGCUACGGUGCGCCGUUCUAA